UUUCGAGUGCGGGCAAACAUCGGUUUCUCCAAUUCCAUGUAUUAGAGGGUUUAUAUACUUGGGUUGGGUGCCAUAAUAUAAAAAAUGAAAGAAAGGAGUUCAAAGUGCAAUUUAGAGGUUUAGGGGUUAGCCUCAUAACCGGGCGGGCUAUAUAAACCUUAAAAUCAUCACUCCGUCGUAUCAAUUGAACUUGUGAAGGCGAAACUAGGGCAAAAGAUGAUCAUUCCGGUUCGUUGCUUCACCUGCGGCAAGGUCAUCGGAAACAAAUGGGACACGUAUCUUGACCUUCUCCAAUCUGAUUACACUGAAGGAGAUGCUCUCGAUGCUUUGGGGCUGGUUCGUUAUUGUUGCAGAAGAAUGUUGAUGACUCAUGUUGAUCUCAUUGAAAAGCUUCUCAACUACAAUACAUUGGAGAAAUCCGACACCAAUUGAAGCUAGUUGAAGCUUAUUGAGGAUGUUUGUGGAUAGUUAUCUCAUGGAUGAAUGUUCUUCGUAUGUUUGCGUUAUGGAUGAUAUCUUAAGUUAGUUAUUUCACAUGUAGUAUGUAUUUAGUAAGUAAUGCCCUGAAGGUUGUUUCACCAUAUGACAUGUUUGUUCGUCUCUUUAAAUUAAUCACGUUGCAAUAGUUUGCAUGCAUACCAA